AUGGAAUGUUUAGCAUUGUUACCUGUUAAAUGCACGGUAUGGUCUUCUGAGAAGAAUUUAAUAUGCACAAAUAUAUUAGUUAAUGCUCAUCCAAAAGCAACUGUAUCAAGACUUUUACAAUACAUUCAUUAUAAAGUUUUUAAAUCAAUUGAUAGUGAAACUGAAUCUUCUACAAAUGUUGGUGAUGUUUCGGAGUAUUAUUUAUUGUCUGAUGGUAAAGAAUUAAAUUUAAGUAUGCUUGUUCAUACGCUAGCUUUGAAUAAUGAUUCGGGAUUUAUAAAAUUACAAUUUGAAAAACGUAAAAGUCACACAGGGCCUGCAAUGAAUUUGGAUUAUGAUAUAGAUAAUGAUUUUGUUUCUACCAAUAUUUCAAUUAUGAUGAAUUCUUUUUCUAUAGAUAAAGUUACAAAAAUUGAACUAAAAGAUGUUCAAUGGGAUACUUCUUUGGCAAAAUUAGAAAAGCUAGCAUUAAAUCAUUUAAAUUAUUAUGAACAAAAUUCUACUGCCAAAAAAUUUUGUAGUAAAAAUGGUGCACAUACAAGUUGUGACUGUUUAGGAUUUAUGUUUAAAGGUAAGCAAAGAUCGACAUUGUUAAAUAAUGAAGCUGAAAAGUCCCUUUUUAAUGACUUAUCAAUUGCUGAAAUAUUGGGCUUUGAUUUCACUCCUUCCCCAACAAGUUAUUUUACAUUGAUGUUAAAAAUUAAGCAUGAACAAGACAACCAUACUUUGGAAGCAAAUUAUAAUACGUUGGAAUUUAUCUCAGAUGCUCAUUUAUACAUGCAUAAAAUGGUCUUUGAUUCCGAUACAACAGUAAAUGAUGUAAAGGAAUUUAUUUGUUGUGUAUAUAUGCAUUCACUCUCGAUUUGUAGAUCUAAUGUUAAAUUGAUCUACAAAGGAAGAUUAAUUAAAAGUACUAAUGAUGAUAAUGAACCCUCGCAUAUUGUGCAAGAUGUUGGUAUUGAUGAUAAAGCCAAAAUUCAUGUACAGAUUACAACAGAGAGUGCAGAUGUGGAAGCCGAGUUUUAUGAAGAUUUAUUUAAUGACAAUAUGGACAAUGAAAGUUCCGAGGAGUUAAAAGAUAUUAAAGAGGAUGUUGCUGAAGAUCCAACUCCGACACCAACAGUACCAAUGACUGCUAUCGACGAAGUUGAACUUGACACUGCCGAAUUACUAACAGUAGAAAAUGAAAAUAUACACCAGAAUGAAGUUCAAUCUAACUUUCCAACAGGAUAUGGAAUACACGAUAGACAACGUAAAACAUAUUUGACUGAGUCAGAUGGUGUCGUUGAACGUACAGGUAAGUUAUAUGAAAAGUGUUUGCUUGAUGGGGAUGAGGAAGUGUACAUUGAGUGUUCACAUUUCGAUAUUGUUGAUUCUCAUUUAACCAUCAACGAAAAUAAUGUUGAAUUAUAUUCACAUGAAUAUGUAAUUGGUGAUGGAUUCAUCAAAUUAUCGCCAAAUGUGAUUUCAAGAAUAGAAGAUAGACUAGAUUUGGACAUUUUGAAGGAAGAUUUUGAGAGUGGUGAUAUCAACCUGCAUGAUAUUAGCAUGAGAAGGAAUAACGGUAGACUGACCUUCUUUAGACUAGUAGAAGCAUUUGACAUAUCAGCAAUUAUUAGAAUAUCUUUGUUAUUAAUGAAGACACUUUAUUUAAUAAUUGUUAAUUCAUUCCUAAAAUUGUGUCUAGUUUUUCAAUUUACUGGCUUUUUGCCAGCAAGGAUUGUUAUUUCGAUUUUAGUGAUGGUGCUAUUAAGAUCGAUAUGGACUGCUCAAGAUAUAUGGGAAUUAUGGAAUCCAUAUAUUAGACGUUAUAGAAAAAUUCCGCAAGGACAACAUGAAAAGGUUCAAAAUGCAGUAUUGAAAGGUUCACUGCCCAUUGAAUUUUAUAAGAGAUGUGGUGAAGAAAAACGUCUCAUUGAAUCAUUGUGCAUUCCUGAAUUACAGAAUGACAGAAUUGUAGCUUAUCAAAAAGCAAAUUUGACAGAUCUAAGUGAAGGUGAGGAUCAAAAUAACAUGAAAUCUCUAUUCCACAAAGUUUCUAAUGGAGAAGCCCCAAGAAGUUUAGUUGAUGACGUAUUGAAAGCAUGUUUGUCAAAGUAUAAUCCGAAUCCAUCUAAUUCUGAGGAACAAUUGGAACUACAAGAUUCUGUAAAAGAGACUAUAUCAAUUAUCUGGGCCGAAAUGAAGAAAUCUAGAGAAAUUCAUGCACAAUUGCCUUGGUAUCACAUAAUUGCAAUCAGAAUUACGAAUUGUUUUGAUUUAAUGAGACAGCCAGAAAUAUAUAGAAGGUUUUUGAAAAAGGUUGUUCCUUAUCCAGGUCGUGAUAGCAUCUUACAAAUAAUUUGGAAGAAUCUAGUUCUUUUUUUCUUGGUGUUCAUACCUCCAAUUAAAGUUAUGGCAGAUACGAUAUCUGCAGAACGUAAAAACGAGGAAGAGCAGAGAACGAGAGAAUCAGAAUCUAUUAUGAUUGAACCAGUUAAUAUCCAAACUCCUGCGGAGGGUAAUAUGGAUAAUAUUGUCAGUGAUGGUGAUGGUAUUGAAGAAAAUGUUAUAAUUUCCGAUGCAGCAAGUACAUUAAACGGAGAAACAGUAUCUACAGCGAAUGACAAUGAAGAUGUUGAAGUAUCUGGAAUCAAUGAAGGAGAAGGUAUAUCUACCGGUGUAUCAAUUCAUCAAGAUGGAAACGAAACAGGUACCACUACCAAUUGA